GACAUUCACGCUGCCAAUAUUGAAUAUGGCGCCUGAAGCUGGAAGAAGAUGAUGAGGUCGAAGGAAGAGAAGCAGACUGAAGAGAAAAGAAAGUGAAAGCGCAGUGAGGCGAGAAGAAACCGACGAGGCGUCACCGCGGCAGCGACGAGUCCGGAAGCGAGAAGCCGAAGACUGUUUCAUUCCGCCGGACGGGUUUGUUCAGCUCACCGCCCCCGACUCACCCCCAUGUGAAGUUAGCUUCUGAGCGGCUAACGUGGCACAGAACAGAAUGAUUAUUAUUCAUUUAUCACCUUUUGCCUUUUCAUCCAGUCGAAGUGUCCUUGGUGAAGAGUGAGGCCCACUCAUGAGUUCACCAGGCCGAGUGGAACGGGAGACUUCCGCUCCGUCGGUGCACUCACCUGGACGUGGGAAGGAGGCAGGACAAAAAGAUGGAGAUUGUCAACAACCAGAAAAUCGAGUCGAGUGGACGACAACUGAGCAGUCAGAAAAUAAAGACAAUGGAGAUAUUCAAGAAGACGCGGCAGAAGAAGAAGUCAGCACCUCUUUGAGUGUGGGAGACGGACGUCACCUGGUGGACCUGGGGAGCCCCUCAGAGUUCAUCGUGGAUGAAGACUGCAUAUUCCAGCUGCUCAGGUCCUGUCGGAUAUGCAACAGAUAUUGUCAAGUCAAAAAAAAGGUCCAUGGACUAAAGCUCACUGUUUCCCAGACGUGCCGUUUUUGUCAAAGCCACUUUACAUGGACCAACCUGCAAGAUGAGAAUGAGGAAGAGGAUGUUGAUGAUUUCAGUGAUUUCAGCAAUGGUAAAGACAGAGCCCACGGAAAGUUGUCGCCGGGCAGUAACAAGAGCUGAGGCAGUGUCGUGUCUGAAUUGACGGUGGUCGCACUGAGAUCACGCGUCACGGGAAAUAUGUUCCAGUUUCUGUUUGAACUUGUAAUACAGUGAACGAGGCUGCGUCUCUCCAGAAUGUCGUCACGCCAUCGUCAACAUCUUUGUGUUCUCUUGCCCUCAGUUAUCUAAUGAUGCUGUCACACAUUCAAAGAACCAUCUUGCUCUAACUACAGGGAGCGUAACCCUUCUUGAGUUGGUCGUCUGUUGACGCCACGCAUGACCUUCACUGGAGAGUAUGUGAUGUGCGACUGGCACGUCAGACACAGGUACAAUGAACAGUUACAACACGCAACGAAACUACUCUCACUACAGUUAAACACAGGAAGUAACGGCAAAGAUGGAUCAUUCUGUGGAUUUCUUUUUUUAAGGAAGUGUUGUUUUCCUUCUUCAUAGUCCCCCUCUCCGUGUGUCUGUUUGUAGACACACAGCUGCUUGUACAGGGAUUUGUUUAAAGUUUGAAGUAAUAUUGAAAAUUGUUAAAAUCACUAAUCCAAUGUUAAACUCAAGACUCCGUUUAUGCCUGGAAUUCCCUUGAAAUCUGUAUGUAUGUAUAUCUUUAUCAUGUGAGGCCUGUCUGCUGUCAAUCAGAAACUAACAGUCACUCACUACAGUUGUUUUUUUUGUUUCCCUUAUCCUUCUCUAGUUGAUUUUCCUUUUGGUUAUUUCCUUUUCCUUUUAUACCUUUUCUGUUAUCUGUAUAGUAUUGUAACACUGGUUGCUUUGAACAAAAAAUUAUCUAAACAAAUUAUAGAACAACUAGGAUAACUUACGAAAUUAAAAUCCACAAAUGAAUAAAUCUAAUUUUCAAUAUCUUCUCUCUAUUACAGUCAAAUAGCUGCUGAGUUCUACUUGUGAUACACUUCUGUGUUUACUGUUUGUUCCACUGUAUCUUCAUGGGACAAAGAACAGAAAAAGGUGACCACAGGAAAACAACUGGCACAAUUAAUUUCUGGUCUUCUCAGCUUGGUGCCAUUAGUUUCAAAGGAGCUCUUAGCGUCUGCAAUUAGCCACAAGGGGGCAGUGAAGACCCAGGAAGUUAAGUCCAAGAUGUACAUAAAAAGAUAAAUACAUUCAGGUCAACAGUCUCAUCCAUCAAGCAUCAAGGAAACCGUAACCUGAAAAGGUGUACAUUUUAUAUUUUAUAUUAAAACUUCAAAUGUAAAAAAAGUCAAAAACAAGUAAAGCAUAAAUUCUGAAGAUUUUAUUUGACUCCAUACUUCAGAAGGUACAAGCCUUGUUCCCUUUUAACAUUAUAUCAUACUUAGUGAACAGCAGGUACGGUGAUAUGGACACAGGAGCCACGUCCCCCCUCUCAUUUUGUAAACAACCAUUUAUGAAUGAAGGGAGUGUCACGUCCAAGUGCUUAUAUCUGCGUUUGGGACGUCCCACCACCUCCCUUCCCCUCUCAUGGCAGAGUGGGGCUGUAUAAAGAUCCCAGGAAUCCUGCAGCUCCGCAGCAGACUUGAGAGCGUGUCCACACCGAACGUCCAGGAUGACAGGGAUUACGUUGUUUCUCUUGUUUCUAGGGAUUCCUCUCUGCAGCACAGAGGAGCAUGUUGUUAACGAGCUCUACACGCUGAUAGAAAAGGGCCAGAGCACCUUUGUGGAUCCAGCUCAGAACAACCAGAGCAGGCUGGUCAAAGAGCCGUCCCUGCCCAUCAACGAGCUGCUGGAGAAGAGCAGCAAGAGCAGCGAGUCCAAGUUCGCCCUCCAUCCUCUGCCUCCAGCCGCGUGGCCGAAGCACAGCGACCUGGCCCCCGUCCCUCGCCACCACGCCCCCAACAACAAGAGCAAGAAGGGCCCCAAGAGCGACCGUCUGCUGGAGCACAACAGCGAGAAAACCAGGGGAGAGGUCGCCGGCCUGCUCCCCAAAACCCCGCUGACAGGAUCUGCAGCCACCGCCAACCGCACCAUGCAGAAGGGCAGCCAGGACGCCCAGUCUCACGUCAGUCCUCCUCAGCAAAGCGAACCAGAGGGACACCCCAACUCCAGACCCAGGGCCCCCCCCCACACACAGCCCCAGGCUCAGCCAAACCAGCCUGUCCUGUCGCCGCGGAGAGACCACCCCAGCCGACGGCAGGACCAAGAGGAGAACCGGCCGGGGAAGUCCAGUCUCUACCAGUCAGGUAUCAGUGCAGCGGCCCGGAACAACAGCCGCCCGCCUGUCACCUUCAACCGGCGCUCCUCCAGCCUGCUUUACCAGUUCGACAUCCUGAGGCGAGAGUCUGACUUCACGCACGACGCCUUCUGCAUGAGCGAGUGCAGGAAGGAGAAGGAGGAGAGAGAGUAUUACUGUUACAGUGAGUUUGCUGUCAACGGGAUAGUUCAUGACAUCGAGGUGCUGCGUAAAGGAAUAUGGCUCAUUACGCUCAUGGUGAGCAGUGACGGUUUCUACAAGAUGAGUCGUCUCUACGUGGCCCCGGACAGCUUCUUCUUCAAAGUUCGCCUUCUGGUCCUGGACACGUACAAGUGCAGCAAACCCUGCCCCGAUAUCAAACUUGGGGCCAGAUACAUUAUAAUGGGGCAGAUCUACCACCGGAGGCGCCACCUCCCCAGUGACCUCCUGAACCUGCUGGGGGGGAAACUGAAGCCCGGAGACGGCCUCCUGCGCAGCAACAACUACGUCAAGAGGUUCAACAAGCGGAGACACCAGAAGGCACUGGAGGCCACGCGCUCCAGGUGCAGGUGAACCAGACACAAGACAAUUGCCACCUUCUGCCCCCGUCUGCAGGGGAAGAGACGUGAACUGAUCGUAACUACCCCCCAGUGUUGUGCAAGAGAGAGAGGACAUCAGGCAGAAGGCAGUGGAUUUACUUUCAUAUGGACUGCUCCAUUGUAUGAUAAUGUAACAGGAAUUUGAGAGACUGAGGUAUUUUUUUGUCAUUUUGCAUCAUGUGGACGCUUUUUUUUUGGUUUUGUUUUAUUCAUGUGUGUUUAACAAUCCAGUAUUUGUCCUGAGAAAGAAAGAGAAAGAAUCAUGUUGGAACCAGGCUUUUUCCCACUAUAAUCCAAGCACACACACGCACGCACACACAUUCACACGCACGCACACACAUUCACACGCACACACACACGCACUUAUUUUCCAUUCAAAUGUAUAUUAGCUUUUCAAAAAUCACAGACGAUCACUUUUUGGUACUUUUAGUAAACGCCGGAACCUUUUA